AAGUAACAGAGCAGCCGUAAAAAUUCCUCGAGAGAAACACCAGUUUUGUUCAUUUCCAGUCUAGAGUUUUCAUGUUAUUUUUUGUCUUGAAAUUUAUAACAUCUUGGCAGUUGGCAUAUUUUAUUUCCGCAUUUCAGUUUUGGAAUGUUGGUUUAUGGAUAAGGUGUGUUCAUCCACAGUAAUUUAAAGAGUAAUACCACAUCACCAUUAAAUCUUUUUAUCUCCAAAGUCAUAGCUAAUUUCAAUAUUGAAUAAUUAUUGAUAUUCAACGCUAAGCCGGUUGAAACUUAUACGAUUUUAGGCUAUGUGUUACAAACUCUAUCAGCUUACAUCCAGUAGUGAUUAAUUUUUAUAUUUUGCCUUUCAAUUUAGUAGUACACUUUUUGCAAAAUGGCUUUAGCGGUAAACUCUAGAUUUGCAGUGCUCAGUGUAGAUGACGACGGUGAUGUAAAAAAGUCUUCAAAGAAAAAAACAAACACGACUUCUACACAAAAAACCGAUGCAAAGAAGAAAGAAGUAAAAAAACCAUCAAGUGCUAAAGCGCAGCCAUCAACUGGAAAUCAAUCAACCAACAAAAAUAAAACCACUAAGACUAAUAAAAAAAAGGCAAAUGCCGAUGAGAAACAAUGGGAGUUAUGGAAACAAAAAGAUGAGGAGAUGGUGAAUGGAAACUACGAGACCGAACUACACGAAGCGAUCCUAUUGUCGCAAUUGGAUUACGAGAAGAAAAAAGAUGUUUAUGCGGCGGCUGCCGCGCAGGCAAAAGAAGAAGAAAAUAACAAUAAGAACAUCAUGAAAAAAGAGAAAGAGAAGAAGCAGAAGAAGAAUAAACCUAUUACAAUGUCACUGAAUGAAUUCAACAACCGGCUUGAACCAACUCAGCCUCCAGAGUCGGGUGGUAAAGGGGAUGCAAGCAAUGCGGGCAAUGCUGUUGAAGAGGCAGACCCACAGUUUUUCGAUCGGGUCAAAGAAGACGCGAAAAAAGUUCUGAAUCAUGAGAAACAGGUGGAGAAAAGGAAGGCACGAGAGCCAUUCGUGGACCAGGAAAUAGCGCUGGCAAGACUAGAGGAGAGGUUGGAGCGUAAAGAGAAAGAGGUGACCAGUCUCCAGGAGGAGGUCACCCGAUUGAAGGAGGAGCUGAAGACGGUGCGAGCCAGGAACAGAGACUUGUGCCUUAUCAUGAGUCAGGGAGAGAUGAAAGAUAAAGCGGAGGUGAUAGUGGCGAUGGAGCGGACUACCAUGGUGAAGGAUGAGCUGAGUGGGGAGGUGGAGAGACUGCACGCUCUCUUAGAGCAAGAGCGCUCCAAAGUGCGCGCUCUCUCUCAGCACAACGACAAAAACAAAACUAAGGGCAAGAAGCGUACGGCCAGUGAGAAUAACUAGUAAUUGAGUGCAUUAAAAUGAUGAGUGACAUUAAAAUCAAAAGUAAUAUGUGAACUGAGUAAGGUAAAGUGGAAAAUAUAAAAAGCAUGAAAAUGCAAAUGAGUGGUAAUAUUUGCAUCAAUGUCCAAUAUUGAGAAGCCUAUCAUUUCUAUUUUUGUAUGAUGUAUCGUAUCCUACUUAUAUAGACUGAGUGUGUAAUGUGUACAUUAGUUAAAGAGCAACUUUUACUCCAACAUUUAUCACGUACGUUUAUAGUAAAUGAAUGAUAUUUUAUAUUAUUUUUCUAUGUUGGGAAUGGAACCUAAAGCUAGCUAAACACACAUCGAUUCUUGUUCGUAGGAUAUUUUGCCGUCCUUAUAAAUCCUAUUAGAUUGAACAGAUUAUGUUUGUCAAGUGCCGUUUAAUCUGAUAGAAUUAAUAAGAACGGCAAAAUAUCGUACAAUGUGUGUGUGUUUGUGUGCAGAGCUUACAUCAAGGGGACUUCAUCCAAGCGAAAAACCAAUUUACCGAAUGUAAUUUUCCCCAAAGUCUAAGUGCCGGUUGCAAAAAAGCCGGUUAAAUUUUAACCAUGAUUAAUUCCACGAAAGCCAAUCAGAGGAGCCGUCUUUUCAAAAACAUUUUCUCUGCUUGGUUCUCGUAAGGUUAAAAUUCAACCGGCAUUUGUGCAACCGAGCCUAUCAGUUUUGUUUUGGGGUGAAUUAUUGAUUUUUCAAUCUCUGGAAUAGAUCAAACAAUUUAGGAAACCAUUUCAGACGGUCAUCAUAUUGUUGACUAAUUGCUCGACUGCUUGUGGAAAAAACAAAAAUUUCCAUUGAUAUAUUUAAUAAUUCUAGUAUUUUUUAUCGUAACACCAUACAAUCAUGGGUACUUGGAAUAUCUUAAAUUAAUCUCUUUUGAAAUAUUUUCUCUAUAUUGGAGAGCAAGAAGUAGAAGAAGAAGAAGAGAGUGGGUUGUCUUCAAAGUGGGUUGUCCACUUGUAAAUUACAUGCUCUUGGUAUUCAUUUUACGUUCAUAGUGUAUUUUAGUGGUUAUUUUUAGUGCAUUUUUUUGUUCUUCUGUUUGUGAAGAUUUAUCCUUGAGUUUCAGCUAUUAUGCCAGAGAGAGAGAGAUUGAAUGAGGAUGGUGAUUUGAAGAUACUGAAUUGAAAUUAGUUGGGAAUGGAAAAAAGAAAAAGAGAGUAUGCUAGUCUGGAUGGUGGAU